AUGGCGUCACACCCACUGCACCUGACUGGCAUGUCCCCUCUGCUGCUGCCUCUCACUCCCCUGCCGUGCAGCUACCUGCACAACAACUUUCUGUCGUCCUCCCUGCCCUCCACUCUGGGUGGACUCUCCGCCCUGGUCGACCUAGUGGUGGGCAACAACAGGCAGCUGAAUGGCAGCAUUCCCGACUCCUUGGGCAGCAUCAGCACCCUUGAGCGACUUGUACUCAGCGAGAACUCACUGCAAGGGACCAUCCCCAACACCUUCAGUCAACUCACCAAUCUCGAGCAGCUGUCAGUGCCCUCACUCCCUCCUGCACCUGCCACCACCCUUACCUGCAACUUCCACCACCCUUGUCCUCCCCGUGCUCCCUGA